ACAAUGCGGUUCGUAUUGACUUUGUUAACUUCUGCGGUUAUAUUUACAAUCGCUAAAGCCGGAGAGUUCUGUACCACUGAUUUAGAGUGGCGAUACUGCUACGAUGGCUGCUGCAGUUCAUACCUCGGCUUCUACUCCCUCUAUAAGUACUGUUGCACUGACAGUUACAUCAGCGGCGGCGCCGUCGUCGGUAUCAUCGUCGGCUGUAUCUGUGCUGGCGGUGUACUGACGACGCUGAUCUACUACUUCGUGUGUUACCGACCAAAUCAGCGGGCUCGCGUGAAAAACCAGUCGGGCGCUCUCCCCGGUCAGGCCGGGAAUCAACCAGUUUCGUACCCUGUACAGAUCGGGACUGAAAUUGCUUCUUACCCUGGCCAGAGCGGGACCACGAACUCAAUAUUCUACACAAAUACAAGCAGCGUGCCGCCUCCUGCUUCAUACUCGCAGAAUAAUCAGAAUUACUCCGAUCCCCUUCAGCGGACAUACAAGGGCGUGUUCUAACGCCAGAGAUGCAACCCGCCAUAGCUAUAGACACGUGACUUUUUAUGAUCUGUGUUGGGAGAAUAAAGCGCAACCCAGUUAACAUUUAUAAUGAUGUCUUUUUAAAUGAUUUACCAUUUUUAAUGGGAUAAAGUGGAGAGCCUUCUGAUUUGUGAGAGUUUUCUAUAGGUAUCAUGAUCUUUUUAAACAAAUAAGUAUUUUUUCAGUAAAGUGCAACCGCGCGUUUGAACGGUUGUCGGAUCAGUGUAGGGACUUCAUAUUACAAACGCGCGGUUGCAUUUUAUUUAUUUUAUUGUUGUUGCAUAUGCAAAGAUUUAAAAGGAUAAGCAACUCUUAACCACGCAUGAUUCAAGUUGUUUUAGUGCGUUAAUACAAACACACACACAUACACACACACGC